UUUACGAGUUUUCUUUAGAUCGCAGUUAAUGAAAACCAACAGGUUGUGCUAUGUAAUCGUUCAACUUUUAGUUCUCAGAUUACUUUCAUCUUUCCAGUUGCGUGGACAAGUGGACGACUGUUACUGUAGAAUAUCUGAUGUAGACAGGACCCACUCGGAUAGCUUUGAGAAUCUAGCAGAAUUACUGAAGAGAGACUACUUCAGAUUCUACAAGGUAAACCUUGACAAGCCGUGUGAAUUCUGGGAAGAUAGAGGGGUGUGUACACGCAGCACAUGUGCUCUUAAAACCUGCACUGAGGCGGAGGUACCCUCGGGGUUAGCAGAAAACACAAACAAGUCAACAAUACCAACAUGCGAGGAGGAGAGGGAACUCAGCAAGAUCAACAAUUUUAUAAGCGAUGACCGAAUAGCUGCCCUUCAGAAUCUGGAGAAACAGGAGUCUGAUAAUAUUAACUUUUGUGUACAAGAAGAUGAAGAUUCUGAGAAGGCGGAGUUCUACGACUUGCUUCAGAAUCCUGAGAGUUAUACGGGAUACAGCGGCGAACCUUCCUGGAGGAUCUGGAGAAGCAUUUAUGAGGAGAACUGUUUCAAACCGAAGAAAGACAGUUUAUUUCUAGAUCUGACACACAAGUCAAUCAACUAUAUGUGUAAAGAGAAGCGUGUAUUCUUUAGAGCAGUCUCGGGAUUACAUUCCUCAAUCAGCAUACAUCUAGCUGCUAAGUACCCAGUACAAGAUUUUUUCGGACAGAAGUGGGGACCUAACUUGGCAGAAUUUACCAGAAGGUUUUUACCGGAAUCCACUGCUGGAGAGGGGCCACACUGGCUGAAGAACCUGUACUUUGUGUAUCUCGUUGAAAUGAGAGCCAUAACUAAGGCUCUGCCGCUGUGGAAAAGGUGGGAUUUCCAUACGGGUAAGCCGGAGGAGGAUAUCAAGACUAAAGAAAAUACUAUCAGUAUUGUUGAGGGGCUGCUCUCAUGUCCUGAUACUUUCGACGAGGAACAGCUUUUCAAAGGCCCAGCUGCCGAGGAGAUCCUGAAUGAAUUUCUGGUUCAUUUCCGGAACAUAUCCCAGAUAAUGGACUGUGUAACAUGUGACAAGUGCAGAUUAUGGGGCAAAAUACAGAUACGAGGUCUGGGAACUGCACUUAAGAUCUUAUUUAGCGGAGGGAAACCUGAGAAUCUUAAUUUGGAGAGGGGAGAAGUUGUGACUCUGUUCAACGCUUUUAAUCAGUUAUCCCACUCUUUACACUACGUCAAAGUGUUCAAGGAUCAGAUGGACUACAAAGAGGAAGCAGGACCACCCGAGGAAUCGGACAGGAAACAGGAAAACUUAUUUAAUACCUUUACUCGUGGGGAACUGUGACGUCACGUGAGAUUGUGACGUCACGAGAGAUGGUGACGUCAUAUCGGGCUGAGAAGUGUGACGUCACAUGAUAUCAUCAGAUGUGUGACGUCACGUUAAACACAGUACUGCACACCGUGACCCAGAGUUAUUUGAACUGUUUACUAACGACCUGAAAUCUAGAUAAAUAAUAUGGGGCAAAGAUGGAAGAUUGAAUUGUUCUGUUAAGAUCUGUUUGAUUAGCAUUUAUUUGUUAGAGCUAAACACAUAGGCUGAUAGUUGAUUUAGGGUUUUAGUUUCUGGAUCAAUCAAUCAUGUUUUCUUAUUCAUGACCUACUAAAAUGUAAUUGGUGCAGUAAAACAUAAAACUGCUGCACGGUUUCGUAUUUAGGUUAAAAUUUCCCAGUCUUUAUGCAUUCAGCUGGUUAGUUUUAUAGGUUACAAUAAUAAAAAUAAAUUAUGUAAAUGUUGAUAGCUUUUGUUUUUUGUUAUAAGUUUUUGCCAGACUUGUCACACGUUUUUUCUAAGUUAUUGUCUCGUUUUAGUUUGAGUAUUUCAUUGCAAAGUUUUAACGAUUUACUAUGA